CAGUCACUUCAUCUGUCUGUGGCAGGUGUGACAGAGUGUGAGAGGCGGGGCCUGCGAUGUUCACAGCAAGGGGACUUCCUGUCAGCGCAGCCUGACUUCCUGUCUGGCGGUUGGAGGUGCUUUACCAGUGAGGGGGCGGAGCUUGAGUGGACCAUCACCAACAAACCUCUGACUGAUGACGAGUGCUCAGUUCUCAGCAAGUUUCAGGCUGUUCCUGGACCUGAUCUGCUCAUUGGAGCUGAAGACACUGAAGUCCUGCAGACAAUGACCUCUGACCUCACAACCUGUGUCCAAG